AUCACUUCCGGUGCCUGUAACUUUAAGAAGGUUGUGUCUGAUUCUGCUCUGACAAAUCCCGCUGAUUGGUGCAUGAUGACACUCAAGGUGGUCAUAAGCAAAGACAAGCCAGCUGCAGCUGCAAUCCUUGCUGUUGAGUAUUUGAAGGCAAAGGGUGAAGACGUAAACUGGGAGUUCGGUUCAUCCAACAGCCUCGCAGUCAACAAAGAUGUGAAUUUCACUUUCUGCCCCUCCAUUUGUCGCUAUCUGGCCAGGGCUUUCCCCGCAGCUGGACUCCAUGGGGCAGCUGUUCUGGAGAAAACUGAGGUUGACCACUGGAUACAGUUUGCUGGAGGUCAGCUGUCAUGUGCGUCAGAUUUCGCUGAUGCCAUCCAGUACCUUGACAACGUCCUUGGCUCCAUCACCUUCCUGGUUGGCCAUGACUUCACCAUCGCUGACUUCAUUGUAUGGGAGGCCCUGCAGACUAAUGGCCAGUGGCUGUCUAUGCUGGAGAAAGGGAAUGCUCCUCCUCAUAUCAAGCUGCUACUCAACUUCCUGUCAUCAGAGGCCAUAUUUGCAUUGACAAUUAGCAAGCUUCCAAAGGUGGAGAUCAAGGGAGAUAAAGCGAGGAGAGACGGAGUUAUGAAGAAAGAGGAGGGAAAGUAUGUUGAUCUGCCAGGGGCUGAGUUGGGGAAAGUGGUCGUCAGAUUCCCCCCAGAGGCCAGUGGGUACCUGCAUAUCGGUCACGCCAAGGCAGCACUACUCAACCAGUACUACGCCGAGGCCUUCAAGGGUAAACUCAUCAUGAGAUUUGACGACACAAACCCAGCCAAAGAGAAUAAAGAGUAUGAAAAGGUUAUUCUAGAGGACCUGAAAAUGCUGGGGGUCAAGUACGACAUCUUCAGUCACUCUUCUGACCACUUUGACCGUCUGAUGGGCCUUUGUGAGAAGCUGAUCCGUGACCAGAAGGCAUACGUGGAUGACACAGACCCCGAGACCAUGAAGAAGGAGAGAGAAGAGAGGAAGGAGUCCAAGAACAGAAAAAACAGUGUGGACAAGAACCUCAGCAUGUGGCAGGAGAUGGUCAAUGCCACCCCAUUCGGCCAGCGCUGUGCUGUUCGUGCCAAGAUCAGCAUGGCAUCAGACAACGGGUGUAUGCGAGACCCAACCAUCUACCGGUGCAAGAAUGAGCCUCAUGUCCGGACAGGGACUAAAUACAAGGUGUACCCGACUUAUGACUUUGCCUGUCCAGUGGUAGACAGUGUUGAGGGUGUGACCCAUGCCUUGAGGACCACCGAGUACCACGACCGAGAUGAGCAGUACUUCUGGUUCAUUGAACAGCUGGGUUUGAGGAAGCCACACAUCUAUGAGUACAGCAGGCUGAAUCUACAGAAUAUUGUCAUGUCCAAGAGGAAACUCACCUGGUUUGUCAACGAGGGCAUCGUCGAGGGCUGGAAUGAUCCUCGCUUCCCAACAGUUCGAGGUGUGUUGAGGAGAGGAAUGACAGUUGAGGGUCUGAGGCAGUUUAUCGUCUCACAGGGCUCCUCUCGGUCGGUUGUUAUGAUGGAGUGGGACAAGAUCUGGGCCUGCAAUAAGAAGGUCAUAGACCCGGUUGUCCCACGCUUCACAGCACUGGAGAAGGGGGAUGUCGUCCCUGUGUCUGUGGCAGGAGCGAAGGAUCUGUCUGACGAAGUUGCCAGACAUCCCAAGAACAAGGAUGUCGGCAUGAAGACUGUGUGGUACGGCCCCAAGUUGUACAUAGAGGGCGCUGAUGCUCAGGUCAUCAAGGAAGGCGAGAUUGUCACGUUCAUCAACUGGGGAAAUCUCAAAAUCAAAUCCAUCAAGAAGGAUGGAGACAAGGUGGUAUCUGUUGAUGCUGAGCUCAACCUCGACAACAAAGACUACAAGAAGACCCAGAAGAUCACGUGGCUGACUGUUACGGACAAGGCGCCACUGGUCCCAGCUGUGUGUGUCCAGCUCGACUACCUCAUCAGUAAGGCUGUUCUAGGCAAGGAGGAGGACUUCAAGGACUAUGUCAACAAGGACUCCAGAAAAGAAACCGAGAUGCUGGGUGAUCCUUGUCUAGCGACCUUAAAGAAAGGGGAGAUAAUCCAGCUCCAAAGACGAGGUUAUUUCAUCUGUGACCAACCUUAUGAACCAGUCAGCCGAUACUCUGGGCGAGCUAGUCCCUGUGUGUUGCUGAACAUCCCCGAUGGCCAUCAGAAGGAAAUGCCAACUACAGGGUCCAAACACAAACAGGAGAGCGCAAAGGAGAAGGCUCAGAGCAAGAAGGGUAAGAUGGCCGAGAAAUCCCCACAGGAUGAGAUGCCACCUUCGGAGAUGAGUCCAGUCAGUGUGGUCGACCUUGACAACAACAUCCGUGCUCAGGGAGAACUGGUCAGGAAGCUCAAGACAGAGAAAGCUCCCAAGGACCAGGUAGAUGCUGCUGUGAAAACUCUGCUAAGCCUGAAGGCAGACUUCAAGGCAGCAGCUGGGAAGGAUUGGAAGGCAGACGUCAAACUCCCAGAACCUGCUGCAGCUAGCAAGAAGGUCGGAGCUGCUGAUGUCAAUGUCAAUGAUCUUAACAACAAGGUCACAGCUCAAGGCAAUCAAGUUAGAGAGCUCAAGUCCAAGAAGGCACCAAAGGACCAGACUGACGCAGCUGUGAAACUGUUACUGAGUCUGAAAGCAGACUUCAAGGCAGCGACAGGGUUAGACUGGAAGCCCGACAUGAAGCUCCCAACAGGGUCAGGUACCCCGGUUAAUCAGGCAUCGAGUGGCAAUGUGGAUGACCUUAACACCAAGAUUACCACCCAGGGCAAUACAGUGCGGGAUCUCAAGUCCAAGAAGGCUCCAAAGGGGGAAGUGGAUGCUGCUGUGAAGGUCCUCAUGGCUCUCAAGGCAGACUACAAGUCCGCUACUGGGAAAGACUGGAAGCCUGGAGCAGACGGCGGGAAGAAAGCAGCAGCGCCAUCUGGUGGCAGCAAUGGAGGGAAUCAGGAACUUGAGCAGAAAAUAGCAGACCAAGGAAGCAAGGUUCGGGAUCUCAAAAGCAAGAAGGCACCAAAGAGUGACAUUGAUGCAGAAGUGAAGAUAUUGCAGAGUUUGAAGGCAGAGUACAAGGCAGCUACUGGCAACGACUGGAAGCCGCCACAAGAGGGAGCCACCAAGCCACCGAAGUCAGCACCUGAGAUGUCAGUUGCAACAGACUCGGCAGAAGCGCUAGCGCUCAAAGCAAAAAUCGAUGCUCAGGGUGAAAAAGUUAGACAGCUCAAAACUACAGGAGGAGAAAAGGCUGCUUUAGAUGUUGAGGUGAAGGCCCUGCUUGAGCUGAAGGGGCAGUACAAGGCCCUGACGGGCGAGGACCUGGCUGGUGGAGGACGCAAGCAGGACAAGAAGGAGAAGAAGCAGGACAAGAAACAGGAGAAGAAGCAGGACAAGAAACAGGAGAAGAAACAAGAAAAGGUUGAACCAAAGUCAGCUGAAGAUGGAGCCGCAGGGGGACCCAAGAAAGUCACAAGGCUGGGACUAGAAGCGAGGAAGGAGGAGGCUCUCUCUGACUGGUACUCCCAGGUGAUCACCAAGGCGGAGCUGAUUGAGUACUACGAUGUGAGUGGCUGCUACAUCCUGCGACCCUGGUCCUACUCCAUCUGGGAGAUGAUCAAGGAAUUCUUUGACAAGGAGAUCAAGAAGCUGGGUGUGGAAAACUGCUACUUCCCUAUAUUUGUGUCCCAGGGGGCUCUGGAGAAGGAGAAGACGCAUAUAGAAGACUUUGCCCCAGAGGUCGCCUGGGUAACAAAGUCUGGCCAAUCAGAGCUAGCUGAACCCAUCGCCAUUCGUCCAACCAGUGAAACAGUGAUGUACCCAUCCUACUCAAAGUGGAUCAAGUCUCACCGUGAUCUCCCUCUUAGGCUCAACCAGUGGUGUAAUGUUGUGAGAUGGGAAUUUAAACACCCACAACCAUUCCUCAGGACGAGAGAGUUCUUGUGGCAAGAGGGCCAUACAGCAUUUGCAGACAAGGACGAGGCCUGUACAGAGGUCCACCAGAUCAUGGAAUUAUAUGCAAGGGUGUACGAGGACCUAUGUUAUAUUGUCAGGUCCACCAGAUCAUGGAAUUAUAUGCAAGGGUUGUUUGAUCGUAAUGUAGAAGUAUCUUGUCCAUCUCUCCAGGGUGCCACCUCACAUCAUUUGGGGCAGAACUUCUCCAAGAUGUUCGACAUAACAUACGAAGACCCUGAGACGCAUGAGAAGAAAUACGUGUUCCAGAACUCCUGGGGUAUCACGACAAGAACAAUUGGUGUUCUAUGUAUGGUUCAUGGAGACAACACUGGUCUUGUGCUGCCACCAAGGAUUGCCUGCUAUCAGAUUGUGAUCGUGCCAUGUGGUGUGACGGCCAGCAUGCAGCCAGGUGAUGAGAAGAACCUGAUGGAUAAGUGUGAUGAGCUAGCCAAGAUGCUGGAGGCUGGAGGGAUCCGAUGUAAGGCUGAUCUCAGAGACAACUACUCUCCAGGCUGGAAGUUCAACCACUGGGAACUGAAGGGUGUCCCAAUCAGGGUGGAGCUGGGUCCCAGGGACUUGAAGCAGAAUCAGUUGGUUGCAGUGAGGCGUGACACAGGGGACAAGAUCACACUGAAGAAUGACAACAUUGUCAAACAGCUCAACGAUUUACUAAACACAAUACAAGAUGCCCUAUAUUCAAAGGCAAAGAAAGAUAUGGACCAAUUCGUGACAGUGUCCCAUGACUGGACUGAGUUCUGCAACAGCCUUGACCAGAAGAAACUCAUCCAGGCUCCAUUCUGUGGGGAGAUCCCCUGUGAGGACAAGAUCAAGAAGGACAGUGCCAGGGACGCUGUUGUGGAGGAAGGGGCACCUGCUAUGGGGGCCAAGGGACUAUGUAUCCCCUUCAAACAACCACAGGAGCUCAAGUCAGGGGCCAAGUGUAUUUACCCAGGGUGUGGCAAACCAGCAAAAUAUUUCACACUGUUUGGCAGAAGCUACUAGAGAGCAACAAUUCAUCAAUGGAGUAGUUUUUUAAGAAACAUUAAGCUGUAUUAGAAGGUUUUCCUCAAGGAAAUCAGUUACAAAUUACUCAUACAAUUUUCUUCAUUAACUAAACAUUGAUGCCUAAUAGAGAGACUGUCUUAAGUUCACCCAGAGCAUGACUCAGAGACUUUGGACCACAUGUCCAUUAAACAGCUGUUUACAAAACAAGCAAAUAUCGGAGCCAAUCAGUUUAAUGAUGAGCCUACCUUUAUUGCUUUAUGACAGGUCUAUGUUAAGCUGUUAGAUAUUUAACUGAUGGUCUUCAUAUGAAAUGUAAAUUAUCAGAAUUGGUUUUUUUGUUUUUUUAUUAUCAAUGAUACCCUACUUUGAUUAUUCGAUAGAUACAUACAAUAGUGCAUGAAUAGAAUCUCUUCAUCUAUGCUAUGAAAUAUGAAGGUAGAUGGAGUAUAGUCAUUCUCUGAAGUGCUUCAUUUAAACGUUUUAACUACCUAACAAAUGCUACUGUGACUUGUUAAUGGACAUGUCUAACUUUUAAUUGAACAGUUAAUUGGGAACAGUUAAUCGGAAA